UAUCCAAUUUGACAUCAAAGACUUUCUGCUUGGUAUUAAUUGUCGGAUCAUCUUUUCCUAUGCAGCUUUUGAGGUGGUUUUAUGUUCAGAAUUGCUUUGCAUAGCUCAGUAAUUCAUAUUGAAUUUUUUUAGGUCUUCAAUGAAAGUGUGAAAUCUAUUGGCUGUUUCAUAGCUGUGGAUGAUCAGUCAUACAUCUUGUCUUUGUAAACCAUGGCAUAUCAAUUGUAUAGAAACACCACAUUGGGGAACAGCCUUCAAGAAAGCCUAGAUGAGCUUAUACAGUCUCAGCAGAUCACCCCUCAGCUUGCUCUUCAAGUGCUACUUCAGUUUGACAAGGCUAUAAAUUCAGCAUUGGCACAGCGGGUCAGGAACAGAGUCAAUUUCAGGGGCUCUCUGAAUACAUACAGGUUCUGUGAUAAUGUGUGGACUUUUGUACUGAACGAUGUUGAAUUUAGAGAGGUAACUGAACUUGUGAAAGUGGAUAAAGUGAAAAUUGUGGCAUGUGAUGGAAAAAAUACUGGUUCCAAUACUGCAGAAUGAAUAGAAACGUGGGAUUUGUGCAAGAUUUUCUGUUAAUAUGCAGCACUUUCUGGAGCAGAGUAUGGGAAAGGACUAUUCAUAACUUAUUCAAGUGAUGCAGACAUGAGUUAAUCCAUGCUAGAAUGCGUCGCAGAAAGGCAGUGCAAAGAAAUAUCUUUCUGUAGCAUUUCUUCAGUUCACCUUAUAGGGCAUGAAGAAAACAAUGUUACUUUUUUUAAAUGAGAAAACAAAUAUUGUUGCCUUUUUUGUUCAAAGUAAUUUCUCUAAUAAACUUUUAUUUAAAAUU